AUGCCCGAUCGAGAUGUGGUGUCUUGGAACUCGAUACUGGCGGCGUAUGUUCGUCUCGGAGAUCUUGAUCGAGCGAAGCAAAUCUUUGAUCAAAUGCCGGACAGGGAUGUGGUGUCAUGGAAUGCAAUUCUCACUGCAACGAUCAGCAGCGGGAGCUUGAUCCAAGCGAGACGAGUUUUUGACGCGAUGCCCGAGAUGGACAUGGUGUCGUGGAACUUGAUGCUCACAGCAUAUGCGAAUAACCUGCAUUUGAAACCUGCGGAAGAGAUUCUCCGCUCGAUGCCUGAGUGGGAUGCCGUCUCGUGGAACGCGAUGCUGGGAGCAUAUGCCCAAGGAGGGAAUCUCCGUGAGCGAAACCUGGUCUCGUGGACGACGCUCCUGACGGCAUAUUCUCAGGCUGGGUAUCUCCACAUCGCAAGGAGAAUCUUCGACGGCAUGCCGGAUAGGAAUCUCGUCUCCUGGACCGCGAUGCUGUCUGCAUAUGCCCAGGAAGGGAAUAUCCACGAGGCAAGGCGCUUGUUCGAUCUCAUGCCCGACAGGAGCACUGCCUCGUGGAACGCGAUGCUCACGGCAUAUUCGCAGAAUGGGCAUCUUCGUGAAGCCAAGCUCGUCUUUGAUUCCAUGCCCAAUCAUGACGUCAUUUCCUGGAAUGCAAUGCUGGUUGCGUAUGCUGAGAACGGUCGAUUCGAAAACGCGAGAGAACUCUUUAAUUCCAUGCCCGGAAGGAAUCUUAUUUCUUGGAGUACAAUGGUAGCGGUGUGCUCACAGCUAGGACGCUUGGAAGAUGCCAGAAAGAUCUUCGGUGAGAUGCCCCAUACGGACGUCGUAGCAGCCACAGCGAUGAUCACAGCUUACGCAAACAAGGGGCAACUCGAAAAUGCAAGAUGCCUUUUUGAUUCCAUACAAGAGAAGAACGUAAUCUCAAGAAACGCGAUGCUAGCAGCAUAUACCCAAGCCGGGCAUAUAGAAGAUGCUGAGAAGAUCUUUAACUCUAUGCCCGAAAGAGCGAUCGGAUCGUGGAACGCGUUGCUAGCCGGCUAUGGCCAACACAGAAAAAUCUCUAAAGCAAAAGAAACGUUUGAUCAAAUGCCCAAUCACGACGUAAUCUCGUGGAACGCUAUGCUUGCAGUGUAUGCCCAGUGUGGGCAUUACAAACUCGCGCAAGACUUCUUUACUAGAAUGCCCGAGCGAGAUCUUGUCUCGUGGAACUGUAUGCUCGGAGUGUUUGCUCACAAUGCGGAUCCAAGCGAUGUGCUAAACUACUUCCAGGCCAUGAAACUGGAGGGCGUCCAGCCGGAGCAAAUCUCUUUCACUUGCGUUUUGCUCGGCUCGAGCCACUCAGGCGACGUCAAAGUGGCUUCCAACUUCUUCGUUUCGAUGCUGGGCGAUCACCAGGUGUCGAGAACAAAGCAGCACUACGGCUGCUUGAUCGACAUGCUUGGGCGAGCGGGAUACGUUCGCGACAUGAAAGAUCUCAUCGCCCAUAUGCCUUUCGAGCCGGAUUUCCACGACUGGGCGAAUUUGCUGGGGGCUUGUAGGCGUCACAGCCGCUCGGACUUCGCAGCCCAUGCUGCUCGAUCGGCGAUCAACGACGAGAAUUGCAACGCUGGGCCUUACGUAGCUCUGGCAAACAUCAUAGAACACAAGUUUUGA